AUGAACGAGAAAGGUAUGCUGGAAAAGGAGACAGUGCUUGAACGUGCCAAGAAAAUUUUUGAUGAUGAGGAGGAAUUGAAACUUCUAGGGGAUUACCUCCAUUCAUGCUCACACAUCAAUGAAGAAGCAGUGAGCGAUGGAGAAGAAGGUUGUGAGCGUGCUUCUUUGGCCUACAAAUGUCUGACAGAAAAUGCAUUGCAGGCAGGGCUGGAUUUACAUGAGGGCAACCGGGGCAACAGCCUCGGGACGUCCACAAACGAGGGGCCCCCACAA